AUGAGCGUACACGUACUACCUCAUCCACCUGCGACAUCGUUCACUCCAAAAGCCAAGUCCAGCCUCAAGGCAGACACAGCAUCUUCGACCACCUCUUCACCUGAAUUGAGUUCCUACGAAUCUUCUGAAAAUGGUGUGGACGAAGUAUCCGAACCUAACAUCUCAGCUGAAAAGCUGAGGCAGAUCGAAAAGAUGGAAAGUAAUCCUGAUUUCUUAUGGAUGACUACUGAGGAACCGCAUAGAAGUAGGAGGAUGGCGAUUCUCAAGGCUCAUCCUGAGGUCCGUAAAUUGAUGGGUCCAACACUGACCACACCGCCCACUGUCGCUCUCGUACUUACCAUCCAAUUCACCGCCGCCUACCUCUUACGAUCCCAUCAUCCCUUCUCUAUCCCAUUCAUCCUAACCGCAUAUAUCGUAGGAGGGACAGCCAAUCAGAAUACUUUCUUAUCGAUCCAUGAAAUCACCCAUAAUCUAGCGUUCAAAUCCAUAAAAGCCAACAAGAUCCUAGCUAUCAUAUCCAACUUGGCUAUCGGUAUACCCUAUGCGAUGGCUUUUAAAGGAUAUCAUAUCGAACAUCACAAGUUCUUAGGUGAAGAUGGUAUAGAUACGGACUUACCAUCGAAAUUAGAAGCUAUGAUAUUAGAUAAUGUAGCGGGUAAAACUUUCUUUGCGACUUUCCAGAUCCUCUUCUACGCGUUGCGACCUGGUUUUAUAAGAAGUCAAAAACCCACAAUAUGGCAUGGAAUCAACUUAUUGGCUAUUCUUGCAUUCGACGUGUUACUGGUUAAGAAUUGGGGAUGGAAUAGUUUGAUAUAUUUGAUUAUGAGCUCGUUUUUCGCUGGGUCGUUACAUCCUUGUGCGGCGCAUUUCAUAGCGGAACAUUACCUCAUGAAUGGACCGUUGCCUACCAAGGAAGAACUGGUGAAAGAUGGUCAAGGGGAUAACGAAGAUUGGUUGAUUCAAGGAUUGGCUCAGGAGACUACAAGUUAUUAUGGUUGGUUGAACGUACUAUGUUACAACGUUGGAUACCAUAACGAACAUCACGAUUUCCCUUCUGUACCAUGGACCAAACUACCCGAGUUACAUCGGAUCGCCAAAGAAUUUUACGAUCCACUACCGUCUCACGAAUCAUGGCCUUAUGUCACUUGGAAGUUCAUCACGGAUCCCAGUAUCGGUAUGUGGUCGAGAGCCAAGAGGUUGGAUAAAGGUGAUAAGAUUGACCAUUCGUUCUGGACACCUUUAAUUGGAAGUGAUGGUGAAGUACAGUCGAAAAAGGAGACCAGCGACGUGUUGGCGCAAGAUGAAGAAGAGGAAGAAAUCGCUUAUAUGAGUGAUAGUUGUACACAAAAAAAUAGGAGUAAAAAGGAAUAG